GAGAGCGAAGGCGCGCGCGCGCGAGAAAGGGAGAGAGAGAGAGAGAGAGAAACAAAAGGCAUAUCACGUAUAAUUGGACAUCGAGCAGCGGGCUCUUUGUUCUCGCACGCGCUCGACCUGCAUACGCUUAAUUACGCGCUUUCGAGAAAAACACAUACAGACGUAGCUGUUUUGCCGUUUGACUGCGGACUCGUGUGAUUGCAAAAAGCUUUCUCUCUCGCGCUCGCUCGUUCGCUAUCUCGGUCGCACGGCGUAGGGGGUUGCGCCAGAUGACUCACACAGAUACGCGCGCAUACGCUGCUUGCGCAGGUGAAAGCCAAGCAGGCACACGCGCUGCCACUGGUGCUGUAAUGCAGCGCAGCCCGAAGUCUGAUCGAUCAGCGGCGUGAGAGAGAGAGAGAGAGAGAGAGCGAGAAACGGCUAGAAGCGAGACGAGCGCGCAGUGUGCGGGCACAGCCACGCGCCACCGCAGAUAUGUGAUUUUCCCGGUAAAUUUUAUCACCAGAACGACCAUCAGAUGUAUCUUCACCAGCGGCUUUCCCACGUCUUUCUCACCUCUAGCUCAUUUUCCUCGGGCUCGCCGUCGGUAAAGGUCAUCGAGUGUAGAGUCGCACGCGCGCGAGCGCUAUCGAUGCGCCGUCGCAUGCACGUCCCCGCGAGCGACCGCAAGGAACGCGGGUAGUUUUUUACACCAGCAUGGGCCGAUGCCCGGCAGUUUUCACGUGCGACUGACCUCUUCGUGUCGUAUAUAGCAGGCGACGUCGAGACGAUUAUAUACUGCGUCGUGUACGCCCGUGAAGAAUAUCGGGCGUGCGCAGCAACGAGCAAAUCGCCCGAUGAUUUGCUUAUUCUUUUUUUCUUCUUGUUUCUGCGAUCAAGGCAUAGAUUGCUUUUCUUUUCUUUGCGCUGCAUUUCUUGUUUUUUCCUUCGCGAAUCGGACUGCGUUUCCGUUCUGAAUACAUAACCACCACUAACAAUCAAAACGGGUGGCAAUUAGGUGUAAUUUAAAGGGAAAAAGGCAUGCGAGUGUAGUUCACGACACAUUUUAUAAACGAAACGCAAAUCGAUCAACUACGCAAGCGGCGACCGAAAUAUGUGCAUUAUUAACUUCCCGCGUUAAUAAAACAGCAGCAAGCAAUACCUCUCUCUAUAUACUGCUACUACAAAAUAUUUAAUUUGGUUGAUUUCAAAGUCGUAUUUACGUAAUUACAAACCCAUGAAUGCGAUACGUGUGUGGCGUUAAAUUAACAUUUACCGUUUCGUUCGUAUCGAACUCGACCAUACGUACACCUUACUCAACAGUAUAUAGACUUUAUUAAUAAAAAUGAGUUAUUGCAUUUACACCGGAAAAUGCAAACAUUUGAAAAUCCCCUCUUAUAGUAUCUGUAGAUCAAUGCCGCGUUUCAAUUACGUUCAAAUAUAAUUGCGCGUGUGGGUGUUUGAUAUAAAUCGGACGAACGUUUAUCAGUCUGCGGCCCGUACGAAAUGAAAGAACGGCAAAGCUUCAACAAACUUUUCGCGCUUAGAUAAAUCGGCUUUACAAAGUGCGAACGGCGUAUUUUAACGAACGAAAAUAAAAGACAAAUAAAAGAAUUCGCGGGGGUGUAGAUACGACGGCAGGGGAGGACGAAAACUGAAAAAGAAACUUGUUCUGAACUCCCACGCACGCGGCGAUGGCGGCAACGGUAGCCUCUUCCUAUUCAUCCUAACGUUUGCACAUCGUUUAGCCGCGUUUCUCGUCCGUCGCAGUGGCCAAACAGGAAAGCAAAAAAAAACCUCGGCUGUCCCCGCUGACCUGUGACGUACAUAUAUACAUUCCAAGUCGCUUCGAGGAAAUGUACACGUCAGUUCCAUACGCUCAGUGCCAAAAUAAUAAAAAAUAAAGAUAAAAAUACGACGCGAGCUUAUUUCGGAAAUUUACGUAAUAUUGAUUUUAAAAAAAGCCUUAUUUUGCGAAAGUAAAAGAGAACUCAGUGAUUUAAAAUUUUUCUCAAUUUUGAACAUUCCAUAAACGUUAUCUUAUUAACAGUUUCCAUUUCAUUUCAAGCUGCAAUAAAUCUGCAUUCACAAUAUUGAUAAUUUUUGUUAUUUCCGCGUUUGGAUUAUAUCAAUUUGAGCGAUGAAGUGUUCGUUCAAACAGCAUCGAAGCUCGCUAAGCAAACUUUAAACUGCAGAGUAUCUUUGGUGAUCGGUUGACCAAUAUUUCAGUAAUACAACUCUGUCAGAGUUACAUUAAAAUAUUCCAUGAGUUUCCGAGGCUCCGGUCAUAAAAGCUCGCCGAUCCACAUCUUUCAGUCGUGUGAUAAACAGAAGUGUUUUGUUUCUCGAGCAAGAAAGGCAGAAGAAGGGGGGCGGUGAAGAAGAGCAAGCGCGAGAGAAAGAGAGAGAGAGAGAGAGAGAGAGAGAGAGAGAGAGGUUGCCUUAGUGAAUCGGAAGGAGCCUGGCAGCAUCACGGGGCAUCAUCGGCGGCGGCGGCGGAUCGGAGUGGCAGCGGCCUGACCGCGGCCCCCAACGAGAUGCAGCGCAGCUUACUGUUGCUGCUACUCCUGCUGCCGGUACUAGCACUUGGCCGACCGGACCCACCAAAGCCCGACUCCACCGUUCAGCCAGGUACGCUAAAGUUCAGCGACGAAUGCACAGAGGAUCGCGAGUGCGGCUUCGACGGCUCUUAUUGCGACCCUAAGGUUAGGAGAUGUCUGUGCAGAGAAGAAUUCCGCGCCACCAAUCACAUCGACAAAUGCGGACACGCGGCGAAUAUCAACGAGUCGUGCUUCUUCACGGAGCAAUGCGAGGUGAGCGUUGCCCAGACGGAAUGCCGGGACGGCCGGUGCAUUUGCAUCUUCGAGAAGGUGCCCGUGCAGAACAAGGAUGGCUCGAUCCAGUGCAUCGCCGAGGUAAAGGAGCCACAGGACUUGAGAUACGUAGACCCGGCGAUGAUCGGCAUUCUCGCCGGUAUGGCACUCAUGUUCAUCAUCAUCUGCAUCGUUCUAAGGCUAUUUAGCCAGGCACGUUGGCGAGACAAUAGGACAAUCUUCAAUACGCCAAAUGCUAGGCUGAUGAACGUGUCGCUGUUGCGCGACAACAAACUGCUGCAUGGCCAGGAGCGACGUGGUUCGCGAGCAAGCGUGAGAGGACCGUCGAGGCAACCCUCGAUGGCCUCAUUGCGCGCCCACUCGCCGAACGCCUCGCAAGAUGAGAAAAUCCUUUUAAAUAACGACAAAGGAAAGCGUGGCGGCAGCGGCGGCAAUGAGUGUGCUGCAUUCGCCCCGAUACAAGAUACCCGAAUAACGGACCAUUGCACUUCGCCCUUGUCGCCAGGAUCGAAGAUGGGCUCGAGACGUGGGAGUCGUGGCAGUGGUGGCAGUCAAGCCGGCGGUCAAGCUGCCAACAAGCUCAACAGAUCACCACCUAAUCAUCAGGAGCCUGUGCUCGAAAACGUCACCGUCGAGAUACUCGAGGACAAAUCCUAAUACCCUUCCCUCUCCGCCUAUUUCUAUUUGAUAGUCAGUCUCUCUCUAGCUCUCCCUUUAUUCUCCUAUCAUCGAUCGCCACUUCCUACAACUAUCAUUUUUAUCAACAAUACUGUGACGCUUAGAUAGCAAAUAUAUUAUAUAUAACUUUUCUUACUGUCGAUUAUGUAUAAGGUUAAUUUAAUCGAUAUCACACGGGAAAAUUAUCUUAUCCAAAUUUUUAAUAUACUGUAAUUGUCUGUAUACCUGUAAAUGUCCAAUCGAUUUUGUUUGAAAUGAAGAAAGAUCAUAAAAGAUAUUUGAUUUAUCAACUUCCCAUAUUUCAGUAAUCUAACAGAAAGGGUGCCAGAAAUUUUCCGUCUAUAUUUAUAAAAUAUGGUAGUGCGUAGAAUGAGAAGUGGAGAUUAGCCGCGCGAAAAGAAAAAUUACUGCAAAUACAUAACAAUAAAAAACACGCCCGUGCCGUUCUUUGCCACGGCGCUUUUUUCACUUUUCUCGGAAGAACAAACAAAAUGAAUUCAUGGCAAACGUAAAUAAUAAGUCUUUAUCGCAUAAAUAAUAAGCUUCAUGAAUUUUUCGACAUCAUUUUUAUUGACUUAGAAUGCGCUUCAUCAACUAAUGCGUAACACUGCAUUCGAAACAAUUUUAGAUCAAACGAUAUAGCAUCGAACUUCAAUUUUCUUCUUAUUUCUCCACAUGCAGCCGUAAAUUCAAUUAUACAUAUAGCAUAUAAGAUAAAAUGGGAAGCAAAUAAAUGGAAAGAGAAAAACAAGCAUCGAGUAAAUUAAGACGAAAUGAAAUUAAACAUUACUUUGUUUGAUCCAACAAAAAUACGAUAACAACCGCGAGUUUCUUUCUGAUUGAGCGUUUUUAUGCGUGUAUUAAAACAUUAAGAAUUCAAAAGGCGUAAAAUUGGUGUUGUAUAAAUAGCUAUGAUUAUGACUAAUAAUCUCUCAAUCAUUUACUUUAUCUUGAAUAAAUUUUACAUUUUAUCUACUUACAUUAUAUACGCGGACAAAAAUAUGCUUGCAAACAAGUGUUCAAAAGAAAAAAUUCUACAAUCAUAAGUCUCAAAGCUUCUUUCUAUAUACCAUUUAACGUAUACAAACGUUAUCUCUGAUCGUGUUUGAAGUAAAUUUGUGACACAAACCAAGCUGACAAAAGAGUGUACACACCGUUAAAAGAAAAGAGCGUUGAUCGAUUGGAUUUAACCAACAAAGAGUUGUAAUCAUACGAAAGGGACCAUAUGAAAGUUUUGUAAAUCGACCACCCAGGAAAAAAUUUCAAAAGAAAAUUGAUAAUCAUGACACAGUUACAAUGUUAUAUUAAAAACCAAAUUCUUGAAAGAAAAUGAAGAAAAGAUGCAAAUAUGUAAAUUACGUGUGUUAUAUUAUACGAAACCAGUACAUGUAAAAAGCAAAAAUCAAUCAAACAAAAAACAUCGACACAAUGACGUAGUAAUUUAUAAAAACGAAAAAAUAAUUCUGUUUGAUGAUAAUCAGGCAAAAGAUUUAUGUUUGGGUCACCUAAAAUCACGUAUGUAUCAUUAUAAACCCUUUUAGUAAGAUGUAAAAGACUAGUAUAUAUACUAUCAACAACAAUUAAAAGUUUUGUUAAUCCGCACUACCACUCAACUCAGACUGUCCACGAUGUGAAAAAAUAACGUCUAAACUAUGUAACCGUCUUUUUACGUCUCUAUAUGCGAUUCGGUGCCUAUGCUAUCAGUACAUGAUUAUUAUUAAAGAAAACAAAUAUCGCAAUUUACAUAAUAAAGAUUACGAAGAUUAUUAAAAUCUAUAUAUACGAGAUUAUAUAAUGUGCUAUAUGAGAUGAUUAUACAAAUAUAAAAUAUUUAAGAUAUUCAGAAAGAUAAAAAAUAUAUAUCAAUUUAAGCGUAUUGAAAAAGAAUAUCAUGUUUUAAGGGUUUUAUAUAU